AUGACCCUCUUACCAUCAUUAACUAUGGGCCUUUUCCCUCUCCGAUUUCAGUUGUGGGUCAACAACUACUAGAGCAAGACCAAAUUCUCAACGUAUUGAAGCAACAUUUGCAGAACUUUCAAUCUCAAAUGAAACUUAAGGCAGAUCAUCAUCAUCAACCAACAAAGUUUCAAGCUAAUGAUAAAGUAUAUCUACGACUUCGUCCCUAUAGAAUGAGAUCUCUAGUAGGCAAGGUGAAUGAAAAGCUCUCCCCAAAGUUCUUUGGAUCAUACAAGAUCAUCUCUUGUGGGUCAAACAACGUUCAAGCUUGAUCUUCCACCAUCAUCAUCAAUCCAUCCAAUGUUUCAUAUUUCUCAACUGCAGCGAGCUUUAUCAACCACCAACUCCCCUCAGCAACUUCCACCCCUCACUCAGCUCAAACAUGGAAUGGUAAGUAAAACCUCAAUCAAUUCAAGGGGUGCAGAUGAUACCUGCAAGCCCAGAAGUACUAGUGAAAUGGGACGUGCUACUAAAUCAUGAUUCUUUAUGAGAGCUAGCCCACAAUAUUGCUUGCCAAUUUCUAAAAUUUCACGUAGAGGACCAAGUGAACUGGAGGGGGGGGAGUAAUCAUAGAACCCCACUACUAACCUAUAGAAGGUGUAAGAAAGAGUCACAUGCUCGUCACGUGAGAGGGGGUAUAAAUACAGCAUGAGAAGGGGGGCUCUAGGGAGGAACAUAGUAUUUUGGAGAGGCGGGGAAACCUCUCGAAAAUUUUCCCCCUCUGCUUUCCCUCUUCUUUCCUACUAUCUGAAUAGACUAUCAUCCCGACGCUUGUAUUUUGCCUCUUCUAUUUGACGCAGAUUCAAUGCUCCCUUAGAGGAUCAUAUCAAGAUCUAAGGUAAAGAAGUACAAAUUCAAAAACAUGAUCAACUCAGCUUAUAGUCCUGAACUAUUGUCAUUACCUAUUUUGAUCUUGCUCCAGCCACAUCCUAUAUCCUCUUGCUACACCAUGUAGUAUUACCAUCUAGAAUAUACUCUUUUAACACAAAGCCACUACUGAACAUAAAUUAGAUGCAGAAAAUGCAAUUUCAGCCUCAGAAUAAAAACAUUGAUGUCAGAUCCCAUCAAAAUAAAACACUCCAUGAGAUUUAUUUUUUUCAAAAUUGCAAACCAUAUUAGGUGGUCAACAGACAUGAAAGAUUUUAAGUUCAUGCAAUCAAAUGAAUUGCAUCUGUAAACAUAACCAGGACAAAUAAAAUCAUCCCCAAAACCCAUGGAAUUGAGAGAAUGUGAGAAAAGAAGAACAUGAAUCAGCCGGCAGCAUUUUCCGUAUCACUGUCAAUUUAUCAGAUUGGCGAAAAAGAAGAGACAAGCUGAUAACGUGCAGAAAAAGAAAUUUUAAAAAAAGGUUAUAACAGGCAAGGACUUACAGGAACCGUAGAAGAACCUUGAGGUGUUGGAGGGAAGUAGAUGGUAAAGGUCAUCGAGCAGCCGAGGGUUGGGCUGAAAUGCUUGUACCUCCUGUUGAAGCCGCCGAACACCUUUGCGCUGCUGAUCAGCUCUGCCGGAGGAAGUGCAGCACUAGCGUCCAUAGCUUCUACAGUUCUUCACGAUUCCUCACUCGUUUCUAGGCCUGACAACGCAAAGAAGAGGCGAGAGGGGAUAAGGAAUGAUGCGGGGAGAGAUUCACAAGUUUGAGAUCAAUCUCAGCGACAGCCAUUCAUCUAUUAGACACUCCAUUCAGAAAAAGAUAAUUAAUGUUGUCGUGAAAAUGGAAAUUCAACACAAGCUAGUCCACCGGCGGUUGAGAAGCAAGCUCAGCACGCGUCCGCAGAACCCCCAGCCAACUGACUACUUCGUCAUACUGGAGAGUGCCAGAUCUCCAGCAAGCCACCGGCUCAAAGACCCGCGCCGAGGCAGGCAACCUACUCCCUCCUCGCGAGCUCUUUGUCUCCAGAACCAUAAGUCGAAGAAGGCAGCCUAUUGCGAUGAAAAACCCUCGAAACAAGAUGCCAGGCAAAAGGAAGAGAGCACCGGACGCCCGCCGGCCACACCCAGCACGCGGGAAGCUACACGCGAUCACCCCAGAAGCUGCCAUGAAUGGAAUGUGAAGGGAAAGAGGCGGAGGGCUUACCUUCACCUGCCGUCGCCCCCUCUCGAUCAGUCGCUCUGCUCUCACUCCGCCACCUCCAAUGCCGGAAGAGAAGAAGCCCGCGACCACCAGAGCUGAGCCAGGGUCUGGCGUGACACCGUCCUGUAGUCUUCUCCCGCAAACAGUUGGGCAGACCAAGCGAUAUUAGUUUUUUUUUUUUUUUCUAAGUAUACUCUCCAUAAAUAUGUCAUUAAUUUAA